UGAGGCCUGACCGGGCAGGUGGCGGAGGCAGGAAGAUGGCGGAGCUGCGCGCGCUCGUGGCAGUCAAGAGGGUCAUCGACUUCGCCGUGAAGGGCGAGUUACCGUCGCUAUUUCUUAACGUGCUGGAGGAGUCAGUCAUGUUCCCCGUUUAACCCAUGGAGAAACUGAGGCACAGAGAGGUCACAGAGCCCUGAAGGGGCAGAGCCGAAAUUGCUGUCCAGGUCCAAGUCCGCACCCCAACGAGCGCUUUGCACACAAGCCACGCUUUCGCCCACUAGGCUGCACUGCAAACUCCAUCAACUCUUACAAUACAGGAAACGUGCUGUAAUGGAGCUCAGACAGGGUGCUGGGGGAACCCAGAAGCUCCGUUCCACCCCACAAAGCUACAGGAUCCGGGUGAAGCCAGACAAGACAGGUGUGGUGACGGACGGAGUGAAGCACUCCAUGAACCCCUUCUGCGAGAUCGCCGUGGAGGAGGCCGUGCGGCUCAAAGAGAAGAAGCUGGUGAAGGAGGUCAUUGCUGUGAGCUGCGGGCCCUCCCAGUGCCAGGAGACCAUCCGCACUGCUCUGGCCAUGGGCGCAGACCGAGGCAUUCACGUGGAGGUGCCAGCUGCAGAGGCGGACCGCCUCGGUCCCCUGCAGGUGGCCCGGGUGCUGGCCAAGUUGGCAGAGAAGGAGAAGGUGAACCUGGUCCUGCUGGGCAAGCAGGCCAUUGAUGAUGACUGUAACCAGACAGGGCAGAUGACAGCUGGAUUUCUGGACUGGCCACAGGGCACCUUCGCCUCCCAGUUGACGCUGGAAGGGGACAAGUUGAAAGUGGAGCGGGAGAUUGAUGGGGGCCUGGAGACCCUGCGCUUAAAGCUGCCUGCUGUGGUGACCGCUGACCUGCGGCUCAAUGAACCCCGAUAUGCCACGUUGCCAAACAUCAUGAAAGCCAAGAAGAAGAAGAUCGAGGUGCUCAAGCCCGGGGACCUGGGCGUGGACCUGACCUCUAAGAUCUCUGUGGUUAGUGUGGAAGACCCACCCCAGCGCACGGCUGGUGUCAAGGUGGAGACCACGGAAGACCUGGUGGCCAAGCUGAGGGAGAUCGGGCGGAUUUGAGCCACUUCCAUGAAACCUGACAAUAAAACUAUGACUCUCGA